CGGAAACGAACGCGCCUUCCCUGGUUCCCUUUCCUAUUUAUCUCGCCGCCCCCCAUCCAUUGCCGUUCGUUUUCCCUUCGUCAAACCCGCAGCAGCACAGCAAGAGAGAGCCACACGCACACGUGCGGAGACCGAAGAGUCCAGAGCCCCCCACAUACACAGCCUUGCUAGCUUCGUUCCGUCUGGUCCGGGUUCCUCCAUGGGAGAGGGGGGAGAAGGAGAGGGGAAGAAGAAUGAAGCCGGCGAGACGCCAACGCCACCGCCGCCGGUGGUGCUCGGGAUGGAGUUGCAUUGCGCCGGCUGCGCCAAGAAGGUCCGCAAGUCCAUCCGGCACAUGCCUGGGGUGCUGUCGGUAGUGGCGGACGCGGCGGCCAACAGGGUCGUGGUCGCCGGGACGGCCGACGCGGCGGCGCUCAAGGCCCGGAUCGAGUCCAAGACCAAGAAGCCCGUUGAGAUUCUCUCCGCCGCCGGCCCCAGCCCCAGCAAGCCCGCCCCCGCUGAGCCCAAGAAGAAUUCCGACAAGGGCGUCGUAGGCGACGAGAAGAAGAAUCCCGACAAGGACGGCGGAGGGGAUAAGGUCCAGGCCGGCAGCUCCCAGUCGCCACCGCCGCCCAAAGAGAAGGAGGAGAAGAAGCAACCGCCCGAGGAGGGGAAACCCAAAGAGGCGGAGACCGUGCUGCUCAAGAUCCGCCUUCACUGCGACGCCUGCGCCGACCGCAUCAGACGCCGCAUCUACAAAAUCAAAGGUGUGAAGGAUGUGGUACUGGAUGGCAAUGCCAAGGACGAGGUGAAGGUCACGGGGACCAUGGACGUCGCCGCCAUGGUGUCCUACCUCCGGGAGAAGCUCAACCGCGCCGUGGAGGCCGUGGCGCCAGGCAACAAGAAAGACGCCGGCGCCGGCGGCGGUGAUGACGACAAGGGCUUGGACAAGAAGAAAGACAAAGCGGCCGGCGGCGACGAGGUCAAGAAGGACAAGGGGAAGGGAAUCGAAGAAGUGGUCGGCCCGUCCACGGCUGCCGCCGCGGCGUCCAUGGCGCCCGCGCCGGCCGCGGCGAGCACGCACCACGUGUCGCCGUUCGGCAACGUCGCGUACCCGCAGCCGCAGGGUCCCCCGCCCAGGGGCUACUACAGCUACUACGGCGACAACAAUGCUAACGCCGGGGGCUACUACGGCCAACACCCCAGCUCUGACGCCUUCGCCGGCGGCAGCUACUACCAGCACCCGGGUGCCGAUGCCGGCGCCGGCAGCUACUACCAGUACCAGCAGCAUCCAAGCGCGGACCACAUCCACAACCCCCAGCCGUACCCGUACAACUUCGACAUGGCGCCGGCUCCGCAGAUGUUCAGCGACGAGAACCCCAACGCCUGCUCCCUCAUGUGAGCUCCCCGCCGGGCACCCGUUCCUCGCAUCAGAGUUCAUCAGAGACGACGUGCUUCGCUGUGCCCGGGGAAAGAAAAAUCUGACGUAGUGCAUAGCAAAUGAGGAGUAGCUUAAUUUAGCCUUAGCCUUAGGCGGAUCGGAAGCGCAUCCAUGGCGCGUGCUUCCGAUCAAAUUUUGCUUAGCAGUUUUCAGUUUUCACCCCCUUCUGUUUCUGCGCCCUGAACUGAACAUGUUCAGCUGUUCCUGCCGCUUAUUACAUUGGUUAAUUAAUUGAAUUUGACUAUUUAUAAUCAACAAA